AAAUAAUUCCUCAGUGGAACUCUAAACAUUUUUCAUUUGCCAAAACAUUAUUUUCUACAAAAUGAAGUCGUCAUCUUAAUAUUAACCUGUUUUGUGUGGUUCCAAUUCAUCUGCUAUGGCACAUGAAGCUUGAACUCUAAGCAGGACAGGGUUCUUUGCGAUGACAAUAUGACUAAUAGUAAAGUAAGAUCUAUUAUCAAUCAAACAAGUGGUGGUUCCUGUGGUGGAAGAGGCUUUGUAGAUUGGACUUUAAAUUUAAAUACAGUUCAGUCUGAUAAAUUUUUGAACUUACUGUUGAGUAUGGUUCCAGUAAUUUACCAGAAAAACCAGGAAGAUCGGCACAAAAAGGCAAAUGGUGUCUGGCAAGAUGGAUUGUCCACGGCCGUACAGACAUUUAAUAAUCGGUCUGAGCAGCACUUGGACUACCACAGCUUCUCAGAGCAGCCUUUCCAUGGCAGUAAUGGGCAUGCAACCCCCAGCUGCAAUCCUAAGUACGAUGACUAUGCCAGCUACAACUACUGUGACGGGAGGGAGGUGUCAGAGACCACCGCCAUGCUGCAGGACGAAGAUCUCUCUAGUGAUGGAGACAAAGAUGUGAUUGUAGAAACAAAUCAAAAAUUACCCAAAGAGUCCAGUGGUGUCAUGGCAUUGCAAAUACUUUUGCCAUUUUUGCUUGCUGGUUUUGGAACAGUAUCGGCCGGCAUGGUUUUGGACAUCGUACAGCAUUGGGAAGUGUUCAAAAAGGUUACUGAAGUUUUCAUUUUAGUUCCUGCUCUUCUUGGUCUCAAAGGAAACUUGGAAAUGACAUUGGCGUCCAGAUUGUCCACUGCAGUAAAUAUCGGGAAGAUGGAUUCACCUAUUGAAAAGUGGAAUCUCAUAAUUGGCAACUUGGCUUUAAAGCAGGUUCAAGCAACAGUAGUUGGUUUUCUGGCAGCUGUGGCAGCAAUUAUCUUAGGCUGGAUUCCAGAGGGAAAAUACUACCUUGAUCAUUCAAUACUUUUGUGCUCUAGCAGUGUGGCGACUGCGUUCAUCGCCUCUCUUCUGCAGGGAAUAAUAAUGGUUGGGGUUAUCGUUGGCUCAAAGAAGACCGGUAUAAAUCCUGAUAAUGUCGCUACGCCCAUUGCUGCUAGUUUUGGUGACCUUAUAACUCUUGCUAUAUUAGCUUGGAUCAGUCAGGGUUUGUAUUCCUGUCUUGAGACCUAUUACUACAUUUCUCCAUUAGUUGGUAUCUUUUUCUUGGCUCUCACUCCUAUCUGGAUAAUAGUAGCUGCCAAACAUCCAGCCACAAGAACAGUGCUUCAUUCAGGCUGGGAGCCUGUCAUUACAGCUAUGUUGAUAAGUAGCAUUGGGGGCCUUAUUCUGGACACAACUGUAUCUGAUCCAAACUUGGUUGGGAUUGUUGUUUACACACCAGUUAUUAAUGGUAUUGGUGGUAAUUUGGUGGCCAUACAAGCCAGCAGGAUUUCCACCUACCUCCACUUACAUAGCAUUCCAGGAGAAUUGCCUGAGGAACCCAAAGGUUGUUCCUACCCAUGUGGAACAUUUUUUGGUCCAGGUGUAAAUAAUAAGUCUGCUCAAGUUCUGCUACUUUUAGUAAUUCCUGGACAUUUAAUUUUUCUCUACACUAUUCAUUUGAUGAAGAGUGGUCACACUUCCUUAACUGUAAUCUUCAUAGUAGUAUACUUAUUUGCCGCAGUGUUACAGGUGUUCACUUUGCUGUGGAUCGCUGACUGGAUGGUUCACCACUUCUGGAGGAAAGGAAAGGACCCGGAUAGUUUCUCUAUCCCCUAUCUCACUGCACUGGGCGACCUGCUUGGGACAGCUCUGCUAGCCUUGAGUUUCCAUUUCCUCUGGCUGAUUGGCGACCGAGAUGGAGAUGUCGGAGACUAAGGCCCUCCACUCUGCUGCUCUCAAGUUACCAAAAAGGAAAAUACUAGACAAACACUUCUGCCUCUUUUCCAACAAGCUUAAAGUUCAGUAGUUAGAACUUGUGCCCAGGGUAAUCUCAGUUGGCCCUGGUUCAAUUAAAUGGCCUUAAUGUUUUGUUUAAAAAAAAAAAAAAAAAAAAAAGAAUUUGUGUUGAAACAGAAUGAAUAAUACUUGUGCUACUUUUCUUAGAAUAAAUGUUAAUUUGACAUGGACAUAGAUA